GUGGGGCCGGGGUGGGGCCGGGCCGGGAGAAAUAGGCUCACCGGGCUGUCUCCGGGAGGCGACGGCAGCGGCAUCGGGAGCCACACGAAGCGCGCUUGUCGGCUGUAGGCUUGGGCUCUCGGCAGUGGAAUUUGGUAAAUCUAAGAUCCAGCUUCCAAAAUGUGGCAACUCUUAGCUACCUUCUGCUGCCUGGUGGUGCUGAUCAGUGCCCAGAGCAGACUGUAUUUCAAUCCCCUGUCUGAUGAGCUGGUCAACCAUGUCAACAAACAUAACACUACAUGGCAGGCUGGACACAACUUCUACAAUGUUGAUAUGAGCUACGUGAAGAGACUGUGUGGCACCCUGCUGAAUGGACCCAAGCUGCCCCAGAGAGUUCACUUUGCUAAGGAAAUGGAUCUGCCUGAAAACUUUGAUGCCCGGGAAAACUGGCCAAACUGUCCAACCAUCAAAGAGAUCAGAGACCAGGGUUCCUGUGGCUCUUGUUGGGCAUUUGGGGCUGUGGAGGCCAUUUCUGACCGGGUCUGCAUUCACACCAGUGAGAACGUCAAUGUGGAGGUGUCUGCAGAGGACUUGCUCACCUGCUGUCACAUGGAGUGUGGGGACGGCUGCAAUGGGGGCUUUCCUGCUGGAGCUUGGAAUUUCUGGACUGAGAAAGGCCUGGUUUCCGGUGGCCUCUAUGACUCCCAUGUAGGCUGCAGACCCUACUCCAUCCCUCCAUGUGAGCACCAUGUCAAUGGCUCCCGGCCCCCAUGCAAGGGAGAAGGAGAAGAGACUCCGGAAUGCAGCAAGACCUGUGAGCCUGGCUAUUCCCCAUCCUACAAAGAAGACAAGCAUUAUGGAUAUAGUUCUUACAGUGUCCCUUCUUCUGAGAAGGAGAUCAUGGCUGAGAUCUACAAAAAUGGUCCAGUAGAAGGAGCCUUCGCUGUGUAUACAGACUUCCUGGUAUACAAGUCUGGAGUGUACCAGCAUGUGACUGGAGAGGAGGUGGGAGGCCAUGCCAUCCGCAUCCUGGGCUGGGGAGUUGAGAAUGGCACCCCCUACUGGUUGGCUGCCAACUCCUGGAACACUGACUGGGGUGACAAUGGCUUCUUUAAAAUCCUCAGAGGACAGGAUCACUGUGGAAUCGAAUCAGAAAUCGUGGCUGGAAUCCCACGCACUGACCAAUACUGGAAAAAGAUCUAAUCAACUGUGACCCUAUCCAACCAGCCCUGGGGGAGUUUCCCCCUAAAUAUAGCCAUUUGGGCUGGGGAUGGGAGGCACGGGAGUGGGAAUGUCUUUUAUUAUUUGAGUUCAGAUAAGAUAUAAGAGGUUUUAGACAGUGGCUGGUAUGCUUCAGGGCCUGACAGACUGGAUUGGACCAAACCUUGUGUCUACUAUCAGAUCUGAUCUUUUCUGGAGUAGACAGAGCUGUCUUCCCAUGGAAGACAAAUCCAAAUCCUGGCUACCUCCCAGCCUGUUCAGUAGACUGAUCCUCACAAUGCAAACAGACCAUGUAAACCACUGCUGAAAGCAAAGUGAGCCCUUUCCCCAUAGACUAGUACUGUAGGUAGUGCCUGCUGCUCCAACUCCUGCUGCAGUGACCCUCCACACCCUCCCCACCAGUGCAUCUCCAGGAAGCAAGACAGUGAGGACCUAAAAGAGUUUAAAAGGAAUGGAAAGUGCAAUUCCUAACAAGAUUUAAAUUUCCACACGUAAGCCGUACCUUUAAGCAAGUAUGUUUCUAGAAUAGGUUGAGAGGAGAGGUGGUGGGGGCAGCCAUUUGAAGAAAGCCACAUUCUCCCAGGGCCCCUGUAUGUACUGAGCUUUGCAAUAUUGCAGACUUUCUCUGGUCUUUUCUGUGGCAUGAUUCUUUUUUAAUAGAAAUUUUUUUUUUAAUGCACCUCAACUGAUCAUGUGAAUGAACAGUUCUAAGAAGAGGAGUGCUAGUUUUAUAGACUGUUUCCCAAUGGUGUGGCUUAAAACUGGGUGGUCAUGAUUUGACUGACUGACCUACCCACCUCUAAUACCAUGGUGAAACUAGUUUGGGAGAAACCAGCGUUCACUUUUUUCUUUUUUUUUUAAAUCACUGCUUACCCUAUCAGUUUAACAAGGAACAGAAUAACUGCCAAUAAAAGAUUUCUCCUUCAACUUGAAAUUUGCUUUCUGGUAGUAUCCGAAAGAUCAUUUGUCACUGCCUGUACAAUCAUAGCUGCUGUCUGUCCUUCUCCCCAAGAAGGAAGCAUGUUCUCCUAGAUCUGGGGACUCUUUCAACUACUCCUGGGGACAUCUUGCCUCAGUUGAGUGGAACAAUGUAAAUACCUAAUUUUAACUUCUCUCUGCCCCAACCAUAUUUUCAAACCAUGGCUCUUCUCUUAGUCCCCUUAUUUUCAUCAACCCUUCUCUAUAAAUCCAUCCUUUGAACUGUGCCCAAGCCUUGAUGAGUUCUGCCCCUGCUUGAUUUAAAGAGAUAAGAACAUAGUUGUGCUGGUUUUUUACUUACCAUCCACAAAUCAGUAGCAAUUCACCUGAGGAUUUGCUUACAAUAUCAUCAUCACAUAUUCAAGAUGUCAUUCUACUAGAAGAUCAGAUUUCUCUGGGUGCUCUCAAAUGUUGGUACAGGAGUGGAGCCAUAGCCUGUAUACAGUAUUUUGAGAGUUCCUUAUUUCACUUUGACUCACAUUGCUGGUUAAAAACUAUUACUUUGCAUAGCCCUAGUUAGGAAUUUUAAGUAAUGGAGUAUACCAGUUAUAACUUGAGGAGAUGGAGGAAACUAGAAGAAUCUCUCAUUCCACUGGCCUAACAGAGAUAUGCCCAGAGUUGGGCUAGCUCUUCACGGAAGCAAAAGUUUGGCUUCAUAUGUGACUCACAGGUCAGGAAUCAGAAGCUUCAGAUAAGCUCUAAAAACCUGGUGAACGUUUGUAGGAAAAAUUUGUGUAACAUCAUUAA